AUGCCGGACUUACACAGCCUCCCCGCCAAUUGGCUUCCUGAGAAAGCAAUUCGCAACAAUGGGCCCGAUAACCUUGCUUUGGAGCGUUACAAACUUCGAGAACUUGCGGAAGGAUGGCCAUGCUACCGAGAUGCAUGCGAAUGGGAGAAUCUCCUCUCUAUCUUCCACCCAGAUGCUUAUAUCUACACAACUUGGACGGGUCGGACACACCACAAAGACUUUGUCGAAGUCUCCAAAGCGGGCAUGGAUAAGGGGGCCUUCAUCAUGCACCGAAUCCACGGUUCCACUACAGAUAUUAACCCGGAAGGUACCCGUGCAGUCACCAAGAUGAAGGCAACCAUCACACAGAGAUUCACUAUCGACGGUUGUGAUGUUGAUGCAGAGAGUGACUGUCGCUUCUGCUUCUUCUUUCAGAAAGAACCAUCCCCCCAGUCUGGUGAACCUGGGAAUUGGCUUGCCAGAUUUGUCCGCCACUGGUACGAAAAGGAUAAACUUAUCCCUGUCGAUCCGCGGAAAAUUCCGCAUAUUGACGACGAAAAAUUGAACAAAUUUCCGAUCGGGUACAGAUAUUUAGCCUACUGUCAGGAGGAGACGAUGAAUGUGAAGAUUAUGCUGGAUAUGCCUGGUCACCGGCGUGAGGGUUCUAAUCCAUGUGGCAAAAAGCAUGACCUCCUCUACAUUCAAUGCAGAGACUGGCUGAAUGGUGAAAAUAUCGAGAUUUAG